UCCUCACAAACUUCAACUUUGCAGCCAUGCUACACAGGACUGUGUUCUCGACACCGAGCUACAGCGCGACACACCGUCUGAAUCCAACAGCAGGUUGGUGAGAGAAGAUGGAUGGAGUCAGCUGGAGCACCACACGGCCCCCGGAGUCGUUCAGCCGCUCCAAGACGACCACGGACACUCUGUCGCGGCUCGCCAACUUCAUCGCGCGGGCCGACACUAAGCAGCAACGAAGCCAGUGUCCACAAACGCCCCACCUGACCUCCUACGUCUGUCAGGAGUGUGAUCAGGACUUCCUUCAUGCAGCAGAUCUGUUGCACCAUCAGGAGGCGAAGCACACGUUACCCAAACCUCACCGCUGCGCGUCCUGUGGUCACGAGUUCUCGCUGCGCUCCUCCUUACAGCUGCACAGAUGUGAGCACACCUGUCAGCUCUCAGACUCACGGCUUGGCUCUCCCUGCCCCGCGUGUACAACCAGGACCUCAGACCCCAUCAAACUGCAGGACAACUCGCCGCGCCUCCUGGACGGCAGCCCCUACGCAUGUGCCCCAUGUGGGCGGGGCUUCAGCCAGAAACAAGCUCUGCUGCACCACCAGCAGGCCGGCUGCAGUGAGCCUCCCUCAACAUCUGGUGUGAUGGAUGUGUGCAGCCUCCCUGAUGAUUCUCCACCUGUUUCAGACGCAGACUCCGCCCCCUCUGACUCAUCUGACACCGCGGGGCCGAGCAGCAGAGCGCUGAGCGAGUGUGAAAUCUGCUCCAGAAGCUUCCGCACAGAAACGGCACUUGAACGCCACAAACAGACGAGCCACGUAGAGGAACGUCUGCAGACCAAAGAAGGAGGAGCGGGCGGAGGAGACGUCAGGGUGAUUGGAGCUCCAAUGAAAAGGUCAGAAUCCAAAAAUAAGCUCCUGAGCUGUCGGUCAUGUGACAUGGUGUUCAGGAGCACCUCCAAGCUGUACCUGCACAGGAAGGAGAAGCACAGCCGAGAGAAGGUGGUCAGCAGAGAGCCCAGACCGGUCAGCGUGAAGCGCAGGAGAGCCGGAGCGUACCCGUGUCAGGUGUGUGGGAAAGUCUUCGUCCAUCACCUGUCCCUCAGAGCGCACUACAAACAUCACUCAGACCUGAGCUACUCCUCCAUCAGAGACAAACUCCAGACAGACGCUAAGGAUCCAGAAAACAGAACAAACACAGUCAAGUCCAGCUCGGCAGGGAACAAGACUGUGAAGGCCGGACCGGGGCGGCCCAGGAAGCUGCGGCGAGGGCGGAGACAUGUGACGGAGGCGGAGAAGCAGAAAGAAGUGCCUGAAGGGAAGGAGGAGGAGGUGGUGGAGGGUGAAGAGGAGGAGAGGGAGUUCCCCUGCCCGUCCUGUGCCGAGGUGUUCUCCGCUCAGUCUCAGCUCAGGGAGCACGUGGAGCUGCACCAAUCGUCUGUGAGGAGGCGGUGCUGCAGCGUGUGCACACACGACAUGGACACGAGUAAGAGGCCGGGCUCAAAGAGACAGAGACUGUACCACUGUGUGCCCUGUCAGCAGGGAUUCUCCACCCUCGACUCCUUCCUCCAACACUGUCAGGAGCACCUGAGGGCCCGGGUGGAGGAGGACUGCAUCACAGAGGGCUCCGCCCCCCAGGACAGCAAAGUCUGACGUCUGAAUGUGGGAACAGUGAAAUACCUUAAUGCCUUGAAGGGAGAGGGGGGGGGGGGGGGAGUUCAUCCAUCAAGCAUCUCUUCUGGUUUGAUGUUACACCGAGAGGACCCUGCACGUUUUUUUACCAGCUGAUCCAGACUUCAGACUCACUGCCAAACACUCUCUGAUCUGAAGUCAGGGUGUAAUGGAAGUGUAACAUGAACUUUGUAAAAACAGCUCCAGGUGUGUUUCUGUGUGAACGAGUUGGAUCUGCACUGAUUUAUGAACUCUGAAGAGAUGGCGUGCUAAAAGUCAUCAUAGAGGUUGAACUUUGCAGCGCUGUGAAGCUUUCAGGGUUUAAAUCUUAAGUUCUGCCUGUGUUCACACUCUGCUAUGCAAACACACCGACGCUCCUGUGUGUGUGUGUGUGUGUGUGUGUGCGUGCGUGCGUGCGUGCGUGCGUGCGUGCGUGUGUGUGUGUGUGUGUGGGCUCGAUUAAUGAACUCAGCUGAACUGACAUGAGGGGGGGGUUGUUUUGUUACACGACUUUCAGCUACUGUUUUCAAAGUGCUACUGUGAACAUGUAGAAUUAAUUUAAAUGGUUUUGAAGCUUCCACUUUUUCAAAGUCUUCUGGACGAGAGUUUAUAGAUGACGUGAUUAAAAUUGACUUUUCUCAUGACAA